CUGUGGUUGUUAAAGAUACUGAAAAUCUCCAUUGGAUAUUGUUAUUUUUUUCUCUCAUCAAGAACAAAUUAAAAAGAGAGGAAUUUAUAUAUAUAUAUUUAGAUUUUCAAUAGAUACUUUUAAGAAUGAGUUGUGGUCGUUGUGCUGCCUGCAAGUAUUUGAGAAGAAGAUGCUCCUUAGAUUGCAUUUUUUCUCCUUAUUUUCCUUCCAAUAAUCCUCAAAGAUUUGCCUAUGUUCACAAAAUCUACGGUGCCAGCAAUGUUGCAAAAAUUCUUCAGCAAGUGCCGGAUCAUUUACGAGCUUCAGCUGCAGAGUCCUUAUAUUACGAGGCAAAAUACAGAAUUGAAGACCCUGUUUAUGGCUGUGUUGGAAUAAUCUCUCUACUGCAUCAACAAAUUCACAUUGCAGAGAAUCAACUAGCUAAAACCAAAGCAGAAAUUGCAGUCCUUGCUUCUCAAAAUUUUACAAAAUAAAGCGCAAUCUUAUACGCUCUGUCUCUCUCCUUCCACUCUACCUUCUUCUACGUUAAUUUAUAUACAAUUGUACCAAAUGAAUAAUACAAGAAAAUCAUGAUUUCUGUUGUCUUUUU